AUGUUCAUAGGGUGUACACCGAAAGGAAGGUUGUUGCGCUUCGGCUAUUUCUUGAGCACAAAGAUUUCGGGCAUGUUUCACUGCACAGCGGACGGCGCAAAGGCGCAUUGGACGUGUGUCUUGGGCGAAAGGAGUCGUGUCGAGCUGUCGCCUGUAUUGGCCUGCCAGACGGCCUCGGGCAGAGAGGAGCGAUCGAUGAAAUUGGUCUCUCUCCACUCGCCCAAGGCCCUGCCUGCGCCCAGUCUCCAGUCUUCCACUACUUCUUCUCUUGCAGCAAUCUCUGCCUUCCGCCAUUCCCAGCCCUCCGGCCAUAUUGCCCAAGAAGAAGCUCCGCGCGCCUGGCCUGCGUCCGCUCGUCCACCGUCCACGUUGACUUUUGCCUACCCGCGGCCUGCUCUCGCCGCGACUGCAUGUGCCGGCGCUGCUGUACGGAAUAUCGCCAUCCCAGCCGACUUUUGUUUCUGCAUCUUUGUUGCAUUUAACCCGGGUCCAUAUACCCUAAUCUGACCCGUCUUUCUACGCCUGUCCCGAAUCCACCAUGUCUUUCUACGACAACAACGCUGCUUCCUGGUCGGCCCCAGGCCGUCAGCCAUCAUGGGAACAACAGCCGCCGCCUUCGCGCUCCGACACCGCUUCCGCCUCGUCCCAGCUCGCCGAUUCCAAUGCAUUUGCAUCGCAAUUCGAGGAGAUCGAUCGCGCCACAGACAAUCUUAUGAAGAGCGGGAAAUGGCUUCCUGGUCAGGUAGCCGGCGCUGGUGUGCCUGGUGCGCCUGGGCGGAGAGAAAGCAUGCUGGGAGGAGGGAGAAGCUUCGGGUACGAUUCCGACCCACGAAUGGGCGGCCCAUCGCGACAUUCGUCAAUGAGCGAGUUUGACGGCGCGCGACCAGGCUCUGCAGGACUCCAAGGCUAU